UGAGUACUUUUAAAGCACUCUUUUUUUCCUUUAGUUCCUUCUUCUCUAUCAAUGGCACUCGCAAACUCAGCUGUACAAGAAGUCGAUGGCAUGAAGACUUUAGCCAUGGCAACCCAUGAGAAUCCAAAUAGUAACUCGGUCUUUCGAAACCCGAGUUACCAACUCGAUCAUCAUCAUCACCACCAGGGAUCUCAAUCUCUCAUCAACUUCAAGUGUGGGAUUGACAAUCUUCUCCACAAGAAUAAUAAUAACAACAACGAAUCCUUGCUGAGCUUUGAGCCACAAGACACCUUCCAUUGGGUUGAUCAGCAGCAGCGUUUGAUGGACGAUCCCAAUUGCAGCUUCCAAACAGCUACAAACUACAGCCCUUCAAAAGACAAUAAUAAAACUGCAGCUGGAGAUAAUCAUAAUGAUGGCAGCUCAGUGUAUGAAUGGCUUUAUUCUGAACCAACUUCUUCUGUUUCUGAUGCCAUUCAUGAGGCUGAAGCAGCUCAAGAGAUAGCCAAUCAAAAGCGAUCUCUUAUGGUAGAGAGCAGUGGGGGUGUUUGUAAGAAGCGAUGUACUAGUGCAACAACUAAGAAACAGAAACCCAAAUCAUCUGCAGCAGCCAAGGAUCCACAGAGCAUUGCAGCCAAGAAUCGACGAGAGAGGAUUAGCGAGCGGCUGAAGAUACUCCAAGAAUUGGUUCCCAAUGGCUCCAAGGUUGAUUUGGUAACCAUGUUGGAGAAAGCAAUUAGUUAUGUCAAAUUUCUUCAGCUACAAGUGAAGAUCCUGGCGACGGAUGAAUUUUGGCCAGUUCAAGGUGGGAAAGUUCCUGAUAUUUCCCAAGUUAAGGAAGCCAUUGAUGUCAUUCUUUCAUCUCAAAGGGAAAGAAGCUCAAGCUCAAUCAGUGAAAAGUGAUGAUAAAAUUGCUGCCUUCAGUAGAUAAAAUUUAAAAAGAAGAAUUAUAGUUUCUUAAUAAUUCAAACCCAUGCACCAAUUUAAUAAACGAUUCUGAUAGAAGAGGAAAAAGAAAAAGAAAAAAAUUUGUUUUUGAAUGUCAGCAAUUAAUUGCUCCCUAUAACACAAGAUUGGGAGCAGAAAUCAAUGCUGCUCUUUUUUUUUUUUUUUGUAAGCUGGAAAAAUGUUGUUCUAGCUAGUUAUUCAUUCAAUGAAGG